ACCACAGUGUAGGCAGUUUUUCUAGCUAAGUAAACCCUAAGAAUACAACAAUUGGUAAGAACAGGUAAUUCUCCUAUGUUAGAAAUCCCCGAAGAAUAUUAGAUUUAGUGUUAAAGGUUGGUUGGGGACUACAGGAACGGGUUGUAACAUUUGUAAAAUCAUAGAGGGUUAUUGUUGGUUCUGUUUAUUAUAAGUCUACUACGUGGAGUCACACGUAUAAUUUUAUACUUGUAUUAAUGGUAAUUCGGGUUCCACACGUGGCAAGUACACUAGGUACAUAAUAAGUAAAUUCAUUUUAUUCAAAUUAUAGUUGGUCGUCCGUGUUUUUACAGUGCAGUCACCAGCGUUUUUGCGUCACCAGCAGGAUUUUGUCUAUGGAUGGGUUGGGGCAAGUACUCGUCGGUAGCAAACUGACAAACCAUUCACGUUGGAGGGAGUCAAUUAACUGUGGGGGUUAUCUUCCCUCUUCUUUCUUCAUUUCUUUAGCCUUACAUUCCCCUUUUUUGGGGGGGGAUCUCAACAUCACCUAUAGUCACAAGCAACAACUUGUUAUCAACAGCGUCAUAGCCUGUGCGUUGUAGUACAAUGGGCCAUACAAUAUAAAUGGUCGGUGUUCAGGCAAGGGCAUUUUUGGUUUCAGCGUGUAAGUUGUCAGUGCUAAUCGGGCACAAUGGUGCUUGGCCAAGUAGUUUCCUUUAAUUCCUUUCCGGUGCUGAGAUUUCUUAUUUCGAUUUCACCCAGAACAAUAGCGUCCAAAAGGCGGGUAAAAAGAAACCGAAAGUGAUAAUGAUAAAUUCCAGCAGUCCAUUUUGAUGAUGCAUAAUCAUACAACCUGGCCAGGCAUUUAAUGCUGCUUUGUACUUUUAUUUUCUGCCAUUCUAAUAAGAUAGACAUAUAAAGCUAGCUGACGUUUAUAAGUCUGACAAUACUUGGUGCAGUUUGAAUAACAGCUCCUCAUCAGUGACUUUUUUCAAAGGCCGGAAUCCCUGUUUAAUCUAUAGAAGCUUAGCAACACUUCCACACUGUAAGCAUUAUUAUCAGCCGAUCCGACAUGAACGAAGGAUCUGCGGCAAAAUGCCUCGCAAAAAAUUGGCAACAUUAUUGUCGUAUUCUACAUUUUAUGUGCUAAUACCCUGUCGAUGCUACGUUUUAAUAGUGAGGGAAUUUCCUGUUAUUUAAAAUACGCUGCGGAUUCCGGCAAAAAAGGAAUAAUCUUUCCAAAACAGAAACAAAAAACUGUGUCACAUACAGGAUUAAAUCCACUGACAUCCUUUCCCGUCUCUCUCUUUUUUCCUUCAUCUGCACCCACGACUCUUUACAUGAUUCCUAUUAUAAAUCCGGUACAGAAAUGUUAUCAUAUUCAUACAGGAGCCACCGAUGUUUUAUAUAUUUAUUAUCGUUUUAAAUCGUUACAACUUGUUAUCCAUUCAAACUUUAAAAUAAUUUGUAAUUGUACUUCAAUUUUUUUCAAUGAGUGAAACUUGUAAACUGACAUUUUGUGGGCUUAAAUAAGAUUCACGCAAUUUCGGUCCUGGUAACAUUUCCCCUUAUAGGCUACCUGUGAUAAGCAGGGUGGCAUUAAGUAUACGCGUUACCUAGAGAAUGAAAGACUAAAAUGUACAUUUUGUUGGCACUGAUUUACUCUGUGCAGAGGAAACGACCUCUCCUAUUGAGGCCACCGGUGCCUUUAAGGGUUUAAAAAAAUUUUCGUCCAAAUACAAAAGCCAUUUAUCAUAUCCUACCCCCGUUUAUGCUGAAAAACCUGGUUUAGUCACUUUAAAGCCAGGGCAUCCCCUAGCCAGAAAAAAGUUUAAAAAUCAAGCCAAACUCCAGCCAAUUACCACAGGACUGUGUGUUAAGUGGCCCCGUGUGUAUAAUACAAUGGAUUAUUUACAAAGACGGUGCCUGGGCCAGGCAGUGGAAUGUUUUUAUCAGUGACAGCUGUCAGGAACUUGUCAGAGGCCUGGUUCAGCUGUCUGUGAAGUGUUAGUUUUGUUAGCGGGUGUUGUGGCUUUGGCCAGCACGUGGCAAACCCCCCCUCAAAUCGGGACAACCUGGAAAACAAUGUAAUUUUUGCGCAAUGUACUUUUGCGGGUUUAAACGAGCUGUAGAAGUUAGGGGACAACCACUGAAGUAUUGAAAUGCCUUUAGGACGGACUCUGGGCUCUGAAACCCGAGAAAUGAUACGGCCUCGGCAAAAGAGCAGCUCCAGCAACCAUGUAAAAUUCGAACAUAAAAGCGUCGCAGGGUUUAUCCCACUGUUGAUCUAAUUAGGUUAACCUUAUUUUUCACCAACAGAGGAGUGGUACUUCUUUGACAGUGUGAUGAGAAAUGGAACGUUGAACCACACGUGACCAGCACUAAGAAUACAGCCCAACAAUGCAAUCUGCGAUGAGCGAGGUCAACUUGAGAUAUUUGGCGUCGAAUCUGGGAAAGGAAUGGAGGAAGUUGGCCUCCUACUUGCAAGUCCGAAAGGAUGAGAUUGAUCGAAUCCAGGCUGACCAUCAAGCAACCGAGGAGCAGAUAUUUCAGAUGCUGAUCCUUUGGUGGCAGCGACAAGAUCACUCUAGACGAGGAACGGACGAUGGUGCCCUGAAUGCACUAUGUACUGCCUUAAGGGAGAGCGGCCGCCCGGACCUCAUUUCCAACUUCAGAGCAGGUUCCACCAGUCAUGAUGAAGAUUGGAACGUAGAUCUCUGUCGCGCUGAGUUGAUUCGAUUCUACGGGGAAACAAUGGGGAAGGUGCCUUUACUUCCCUGGGUGAGUUCAGAUGUUAGCAGGAUCGUCGAUAUAUUCGGGGAAAUUCAACUCAUGGAAAGCAGAAAUAAGACUUCCAGGGUAGUCCAACGUAAACUCAGCUCAUAUGCAGAAAUGCUGAUGCUGACUGAGUUUGGUGAGGAUCAGCCAGUCACGCACAUUUUACUCUACGGAGUUGCUGGUUGCGGCAAAACCACACUAGUGUCAAUGAUAGCCUAUGACUGGGCACUGCAGAAGCCCGGCUCCCCGCUUGCAAAGUUCCGACUUCUGUUCACCAUUAAUCUGCGAGAUCUCAUCAAAGGCACGCCGACUUUGAUGGACGCAGUGUACGACCAGCUUCUUCCAGAAGACACGAUGGUUUGUCAACAUUCUUUGAGGGGCUACCUGCAUGCUCGCUCAAAGGAAGUCCUUGUAAUUAUGGAUGGCUUCGAUGAAACCGGGUUCGGGGGAUCUCAAAUAUCCGGUGAUCUUGUCAAGAUCAUCGGUGGCAAGAUUCUUCAAGGCUGCACUGUGAUUGUGACAACUCGUCCCUACAUGGUUGAGCCGCUGAACAGAUUGAAUCCAAACUUCACGCGCAUUGAAUCCAAGGGUUUUUCGGACGAUGCGGUUCAGCUUUACAUCCAGAGAUUUUUUCAAGAUGAAGAUGAUUCGCAGGUUUCUGUAGGCCUUUGCAGGGUGAUAAAUGAGUACGACAACCUCCUUGACAUAGUUAGACUACCUAUCAUGCUCUUGAUUACAUGUCUUAUCUGGUCGGAGGACCGCUCUUUGCCUAGAAAUAUCACGGAGGCAUUCAGAGAGGCUGCUUUCUUCAUCUUGAGACGCCACUUCAAGAAAUCUAGAAAGCUUGACAGUUUAGACGAUGAGUUCAUUGACAGUGAGCUCAAGGAGCUAAUAAAAGACUUGGGUAAAGCUGCACUUGACGGUCUGAUGCUUCCGGGCGAAAAGUUGGUCUUUGAGCCCACAGAUUUUGGCAAUACUAAGGCGGUAGAUAAAGCUUGCCAAAUUGGGAUUUUGUCGCAAGAGAGAACGCGGAGUAAGCUCCGCGCGGUCCAAAAUGUGACAUUCAUUCACAAAACAUUCCAAGAAGCAAUUGCCGGGUUUUACUUGGCCCAGCUAGCUGAGACGGACCACGCUUUUUUCAGCCGUCAUUACCUCAAGCGAAUAUGUAAAGACAACGUCCACAGUCUCAAAGACGUAUUGCGAUUCAGCUCUGGAGCAAGCGUUAAUGCUGCGAAAAUCCUUUUGGCCCAUGUUGUGAGCAAUGACGUGGUGCAGAGGAAUGAGGAGACAUUCGCAUUGUUCCUUUUGAUGCUCUUAGAAUCCAGGUGUUCGGAGUUACACAGCACUGCGGCACCACUACUUGCAAAGGAUGGGCUUUACUUCACUUUCACUUGUUCAGUUUACCAAAAGUCGGCUUUUGAGUUUUUUGUUGAGUGCGCUUCCCAGUCUCCUAUCGGGGAUCAAUGUGGCAAGCAGUCAGUCUUCAUGGAUCUGAAGCGACUAGUUCUCCUAGAUGUCACAAGAGAGGACGCGGCGCUUGUCAACUCCAUCUUUAAGUGUGCCUUAAGCGUUUCAGAGGUCGUAUUGGGUUUGGCCGCAGUUGGCAAAUUAGCUGAGUCGGAGUCAGUAUUACGCCCAGAGGAUUACCUUUGUGAAACACUUUGUCACAUGCCACUUCUUGAAAACCUGUGUCUUUUUCCGUCAGAAGGUCAGGGUGUAUGUCUCAGCCGACAGCUUGAUUUGUCAGUCAUUGUUGGGCGUCUGGCCACGGCAGACAUCAGUUCACUCAGGGUGUUUGUCUUGCAGUCAGUUUCUGCCGGUCCUCGCCAGAUUCAGGAGGUGUCCAGAAGACGGGCUAAUCCAAGCAAAUCGCUGACCCUUCUCGGUGGGGUUUCUCAUAAAGCACGCCCCCUAAGCUGCAGAGACGCCACACAUGGACAAGAUACAGAAAGGAAACCUCCAAGAUUGCUGCUCGAGCUAGAGGCGGGAUUUCACAGAGUCGAAUCAAUUUCUGGACGUGACCAUUCCGUCCCAGGUCUACGGUCUAUUCAGCUUCUUCACAACGACAGACAAGCAGAUCUCCAGCCUGUGAGUUCUCUUCUUUCAAGGGCUACAAAUCUUGAAGUAGUUGAUUUGUCGCGAUUGGAAAUCGGAACAUUUUUCUCUGUCGUUUCUGAACCCCUCUCCAAACUUGGCAAGCUGAAAGAAUUGUUACUCAGCGAAACUGGUUUAUCCUCAGACGACGUGAUGCUUCUCACCCAGAAGGUCCUCCCGUUCAUGGCUAACUUGGAGAUCUUGUCCCUUUCUCACAACAACGUUGCACGUCAAGAGGCUCUACUUGCUGUUGUGCGGUGGGCAUGUAGUUCCACAUGUCUGACAGAAUUGUUUCUUGGCGGGUGUGUGGGGAUGUUGUCUGCGUCGGACGAAUUGAGCACAGCGUGCGUGCGGGACACAGUUGAUGCUAAAGACGAUCCCGAGCUACAGCCUUUCGAGAGGACGGAAGUUCUGCAACAGAGGUCUGUCGAAGUCGUCGAUGUUCAGACGAACUAUCUCCACAGGUACACCCCUGAUUUGAUCGGGCUCCUCAAGCACUUCAUUGCCUUGAGGACAAUCAACAUGAGCAGCAUGGGUCUGACUGAUUCGGACAUAGUGGAACUGGCUGGGGUUGUUACCGCUUGCACUCAGCUGGAGAUGCUGCAUCUUGAAGGAAACGAGGACGUUGGAAAUACCGGCGUGGAGGCUCUCCUAAGGCUUUUGCCCCAACUGCCGAAUAUCCGACAUCUGUGCCUUCCGUUUGACGACACCUCAGAGAGGUACAGCGACAUAGUCAGCAGAUGUUUGAAGAGGCGGUCAAUGAUCCUGGGUUGUUACACGCUUAGUCAGGAAGAAAUUCAAACCGCUAUUCAAAUAGUGAAGGGGUAGUCGUCCAACUAC